UAAUUCCGAUGAGGAUAUUACCUCUUUUUUUAUCUAUGCUAGCGAACUUUUGAAUUAUUCAUACCCUGUAUAAAACAAUGUCAAACGCUCAAUCUAUUGAUUCAUUAAGAGAGUUGAAUGCUAAGCUCUUAGCUGAGAUUGCCGAGCUUAGGAAGGAGAAUGUUAAAAUUUCUGAACUUAAAAAGGAGAAUGAUGAGCUUAAGGAUAAGAAUACUGAAAUCCCUGAACUUAGAAGGAAGUUCGCUGAGAUUGAGGCUGAGAGAGCUGAACUUAAGGCCAGAAUUGCCGAACUUUUAAAACAGGGUGUGGAAGAAAAUAAGAGGCGUGAUGCUGAGAAUGCCGAGCUCAAGACCAGAAUCAUAGAGUUAGAGAAAAAUAAGACAGUUACCACAAGGUAACCAAUUCUUCUAACAACAGUAACAACAGUUCAUCUAACUUCAAUUUUGUUGCAGAGGAUCGCGGGAAAUCAUUGGCGGAUGAGAAAAUGGAUGGUUCCUGACUCAGACAUAGCCCAGCCCAAACAUCAUACGCCUGUUUGUGAAG